AUGUCGGACCUACAGUACACCGGCUCUGCAGUGAGGUCUACAUCAAAGCCGCAGCAGCAGCAACAACCACUUCAUCACACCCAGCUUUCCAACACCCGUCAGUCCGAAGGGAGCAGCUCUUACUAUUCCAACCCAGCAGAGGACACCAACGAUCUCACUCGUGCUACAGCAGGCAUCAACCUCAAUCCUUCUCGCCCACAAGUGCCAACGGCUUCCACUUCGCAGCAACGCAUCUACAACGCACCAUCAGCACAGGUGCAGGAUACACUUCAGCUCGUAUCUGAGGACGGUGCAGCACCGCCUCAAGCAUUACGGCCAUCCACAUCUUUUGCGAACGGCCUUGCUGGCGAUGCAACCAGCUCGCGCAACCGUUCCGACAUGGACAGAAUCAAAAGUCGUGCCGUCGACCCAGGAUGGAGCUGGGAAAAGGAACGCGAAAAGUUCGAGGCUGGUGGUUCGCUUCGUUCCAACAGCAUCGAGUCCAGACCCAGUCUUCCAUCACGCGGUUCAUCUCGCCCAACGCCUCGUCUGGAUACAUCCGGCGUGCCCAGGGUGUCCGAUGGAAGCGACGCAACUUAUGCCAGCCCAGCUGCGCCUUCGUCUAGUGUUGCUUCUCCUCACACUCUCCAAGCGCCCUCCAAUCCUAUCAGCGGCACGGGUGCAUCUGACCAUGCAGCGCCAGCCUCAGCCGUUGCGCCUUCGAGCACGCCUGCAGACGCCCCUCCCCCAACCCCCGUGCAGAACCAAGUAGUACAGCAGCAGAGACCAGCACAACCUCGAUCGGCCUCUAACACUGGCACCAGCUCUUCUGGCACUUCAAGACGGCGCGAUCAGACUUGUCAAGCAUGCGGCAAAGUCAUGACCGGUCAGUUUGUCAGAGCGCUCGGCAGUGUUUACCAUCUCGACUGCUUCCGCUGCAAUGACUGCAACAAGGUCGUAGCCGCCAAGUUCUUCCCGGCUACCGAUGACAUGGUCGACUCUUCCGGCACUGGCCGUCUCUUCCCUCUCUGCGAGACCGACUACUUCCGACGACUCGAUCUCAUCUGUGCCAAGUGCAGUGGUGCACUAAGAGGCAGCUACAUCACCGCUCUUGGCCGCAAGUUCCACGUCGAGCACUUUACCUGUUCCGUCUGCCCCACUGUCUUUGGUCCUCAAGAUAGCUACUACGAGCACGAUAGUAACGUCUUCUGCCACUUCCAUUACAGUACACGCUUCGCCAUCAAGUGCACCGGUUGCAAGACUGCCAUUCUCAAGCAGUUCGUCGAGAUCAACCGCAACAAUACCGACGAACACUGGCAUCCAGAGUGUUAUAUGAUUCACAAGUUCUGGAACAUCAAGCUCUGCCCAACAGGUUCGACACCGAAGGAUGGUGCUGCACCACUAGCCGAAGUGGCGGCGGACAAUGCGAAUGCAGACAGCCCGGCGCUCAACCAAUCGAGUCAGGGCGAAGCGGUUGAGUCUUCACCAGGGCAAGCAGCUCCUUCUCGCGAAGAGCCCGCACCGGACGCCACCGAGAUCGAAGCUACCGAAACACCGUCUAGUCUCAAGCAGAAGCAAAAGCAGAUGGAGGAACGCGUGUAUCGCAUCUGGACCGUUCUUUCCGCUUUUGAGGAGAGUUCAGCAGCAUGUAUCUCCGAGAUGCUCAGGCACGUCAGCAGCGGUCGCUACCUUGGCGGUGUGAGGAUGGCCGAAAAGUUCAUCUUGCAUGUCGAAAUCCUCUUUUCCGCCAUAGACGAUCUUGAAGCCAACUUCCGCAAAGAAGAUGCAAAGGGCAUCUCGCACAUUCGCGAAGCAAGGAUGCUCUGCAAAAAGAUCGUCAACUUCUUCUCUCUGCUAUCGCAUACGCAGGAGACGGGGGCGAGGAGGAUGGGCAUUACGCAAGAGCUGCUUUCGCUGGUUACUGGCUUGGCGCACUAUCUCAAGAUUCUGAUUCGUAUUGCGCUGACUGGUGCGUUGAAGCUGGAUAGGGAGUAUGGCAACGAGGAGGCACUGCAUUGGUUCUUGAGUCAGCUGGCGUUUUCGGCCAAGCUGGGAAGCAUUACAGCGGAUGACAAGCAGGGGACACAGGCGCCGAACACUAACACCGUGGGUCCGGAUGGAAGAUGGUACGGCUACCGAUCGCUGCCGAGGUCGACUAGUUCCGGGUCGAGCGAGAACGGGGAAGCCGCUACCGAUCUUUGUGUUGCUUGUGGGUCGACGGUAGAGGAAGAGUGUCUCAGGAUGGGGGUGAAUCUAAGAUGGCAUUCAAACUGUCUCAAGUGCAACACUUGUCAACGGCCGGCGUUGAGGGAGGGUGCUUCGACGAAGAAGCAGCCUGAUCCUGUACCUGGUGCACCGGAUCCAUUGCCGGCGUCUCAGUUUGGUCUCGAGACGAAGCGAAGACAGACGGAUGCUGCUGUGGCUGGUGCUGGGUUGCAGAAUGGACAGCGUUCGAUGUUUUCUUCUGGGUCUUGGACGCAUGCUUGUUUCUGUCCGAACUGUGCUGGUGGCUUGACGCUACGCACCGGAUUCCAGUUGGUGACGAGGCUAGAGCAGUACGCUUUCCUCUUGCGUGUUGCGCUGAAUCGUCUCUUUGCGCUGUUGCGGAAACGUGGGGUUGUUCCACCUAGUCCGCCUGUCUCGGCCUCUCGUCAGAUUGGGGAAGCGGGACCGUCGACUGGUGAUGCCACCGCUGCAGCAGUGGAGGGAGACGAGGAAGUGUCGAUGCACGAAGCCUACCGUGACUCGCAAGACAUCAAGCGCAUGAAAUCGGUCAACCUCAACCGAAAGCUCUCGACCAAAGCCAAAGUGCCCCGUAUCUCGACCGUUGUCGGCAGUCCAUCUGGUCGACAAACGCAGACGUCGGACACUCAAAGGCCCUCACCCUCGGACUCUGGUUUGCAGACGGACAGCCGUCAUUCUCCACGUCAAGCAAGUCCCUCUUCUUCGCCCAGAGAAGCCAGCCCGCUCUUCCAGCGAGAAGAUGGAUCUUCACGCGAGCCCUCCCCCUCGAGAAGGCCAGGUCAACCGCAGUUGCCGCAGAAUUUCCAACAGCAACCAGCACAGAAGCAGCAAGUGUUCCAGCCCGUUCAACAACAUUUGCCCUUCGCGUUGCCCGGUCCACCAGGGAUGCCACAGAUCCAGCAAGAUGCUCAGCUCAGCUUGGGCCGUUCUGGAUCCCCAUCAAAUUUGGAACCUGGCUCGAUCGUUCCCAUUCGACCUGCAUUUGCACGUCACAACACCGAUGUCAAGAUCCGCGAAGAUGGACCUAUGCGACAACCUUCCGGUGACGAAUUGCAACGGGAUACCCGCUCUGAAGAUGGAAUCACCCUUGCUGAUAUACCGCACAUGCUCGAAGCUGAGCAAGCACGAGAACAGCACAGACUUUUACCGAGUGAGGGAACACGAUGCAUCUCGGAGCUGUCGGCGUUGGAGUUGUUCAUUGUUAAGCACAUGGCAGUGAUGUAUCUCCAGCAAUCAGCGCUGAGGGAUCAUGUCAACUUGGACGAUCUGAUCGAGUUCAUCGAGACCAGAAAGAACACUUUCUGGGGUAAAAUCUUCAAGGGCGGCAAAGAUAAGAAGGAGAUUAAGAAAAAGGGUGUUUUUGGGAUCCCAUUGGAAAUUCUAGUGGAGAGGAAUGGAGCGGAUUCAACCUUGGGUGCUAGUGCAGCCCAUUUGAGGGUGCCUUCGUUUAUAGAUGACGUGAUUAGUGCGAUGAAGCAGAUGGAUUUAAGUGUCGAGGGAAUUUUCAGAAAGAAUGGAAAUAUUCGAAGGCUUAAAGAGCUCAGCGAGGCAUUGGAUCGGGAUAGUUCUUCGGUGAAUCUUCUGGAUGAUAAUCCGGUCCAACUUGCAGCACUGUUGAAGAAGUUCCUUAGGGAGUUACCGGAUCCACUGAUGACGUUCAAGUUGCACAAGUUGUUCGUCAUGUCUCAGAAGUUGGAGUCUGAGGCCGAGAGGCAUAGGAUUUUGCACAUGGUGACGAUCCUCCUGCCGAAGGGACAUAGGGAUACGAUGGAGGUUCUAUUCGCGUUCUUGAAAUGGGUCGCCAGUUUCUCGCACAUUGAUGAGGAAACGGGAAGUAAGAUGGACUUGCCGAAUCUGGCAACGGUGAUUUGUCCGAACAUCUUGUAUAGCAAGGGAAGUGAUCCUACGAAGGACGAGACGUUUUUGGCGAACAGAGCGGUAAGCUACCUUCUAGAACAUCAGGAUGAGAUUUGGAAAGUGCCGGAUGAGUUGGAGGCGGUAUUGCAGGAUAAGGAUCUGAUGAAUGCUAGUGCAGAUCUUACCUCUAGGGAUAUACUGAAGAAGUGCGAGAAGUACGCGAGGCAAAGGUAUGCCAAGGGUGGGGUGGGGAUGGGUAGGAAUGGUAGUGGCGGACCAUUGCAUUCGGGAGAACUGCAGAAUAGACACAGACCGGAUGUUCAUCCUCCUACAACCAUGAGGCAGGUGCAGCAACGGGAGAUGGCAUUUGCGCAGCAACAGGCUCAGCAGCAGCAAAGGAGGCAGUAUGCGGGUAGUAACGGGGACGAUCUCUCCCGCAGUCCAACGGGUGAUUCUGGACCUUGGAGCGCUGGUGCAGUGCCGAAUAGUGGACAUCAUCAUUUCGGGCAUUCCCCAACGGAGAGGAGACCGACGAGUAGUCAUGCCAACACGCCGCAGAAGCAGUUGGGUUAUGUUUCUCCGGCGGCUGGAAACGGCGGUGGGGGGUAUGGAUAUCAGCCAACUUCUCCACAACCGGGAGGUCAGAUGUUGAGGACACAACCUUCCGCAACUGGAUUUGGCGGUCAGCAACAGUACUAUCCGCAGCAACAGCAGCAGCAACAAGAACAAUCGCAGUCGCAGGAUCAGGCAUAUCAGAGGGGCGGAUUCUAUAGAAAUGCUUACGGUAGCGGUGGGAGUAAUGAGGCUCUGGAACAGAUGUCUUCUUGA